ACACCGGCGGCGGCCAGAGGCAGACGCAGACGCUGCUAGCGCUAGCGACUCGCAACUUCCCCUCACACACACCCGCAGCACCGCCGCCCCGGACAAGGGACAACCAUGGCGUCGUCGAAGCUGCAGCUGCCGGCUGACGACAGCGUCCUCCUGCUCGUCACCCACUCCAAUCUCUCCACCUUCGCAGCCGACAUCCGCGUCUCGCAACAGACCACCGUCGAGGCGCUCAAGGACAAGCUCUGGCGCAAGACCGGCACCGCCGUCGCCUCCAUGCGUCUCCAGCUCCGCGACGACACCGGCGCCAAGAUCGCCGACCUCGAUGACGACGCCGCGCCGCUCGCGGCCUACGCCCCCUACAACGGCUACCGGAUCCAUGUUGUUGAUCUCGAUCCUUCCUCACUCACCUCGGGUGGCUGGUUGGAAGACACUUCCCUUGUCGACAAGUACAAAAUGUCCGAUGAAGCAUACGAUAAGCUCGACACUAACUUUCGAAAAUUCAAAGAAAAGAUGGUCCCGAAAAACUCUCCGUCAGAGGAUAAAGAACAAUUAGAAAAGCAUAUGGAGGAACUAUGCUCCAAAAUCAAGGUGGGAGAUAGAUGUGAAGUCGAACCUGGUGCCAAGAGGGGCACUGUAAAAUUUGUUGGUAGAGCUGAAGCCCUUGGACGUGGAUUCUGGGUUGGAGUGCAAUAUGAUGAGCCACUUGGAAAGCAUGAUGGCAUGGUGAAAGGCAUUCGCUUCUUUGAGUGCCCUCAAGGUCAUGGGGCAAUUGUGAGACCAGAGAAAGUAAAGCAGGUUGGCGACUUCCCGGAGAGAGACCCAUUUGAAGAUGACGAGAUAUAGGCAACCGAGGAGGGGUGCAUGUGCAUUUGAAAAGGGUGGGAGGUCCUUGUUGAGUUGCAUUCGAAACGUGUGUAAAAUUAAUUUGGAGAUUUGAGUGCGCGCACUUGCUGUUACUAUCUUGUUAGUUACGUACUCUCUUCAUCCCAAAUUGUAAGUUAUUUCAAAAAUCUUGGAGAGUCAAAGCAUUUUCACGUUUGAUCAAAA